AUGAGCGCUAGCUGGCGCUGCUCAGGAGCCCUAGCCGCUCAAUAUGAUAAGAGACUUGGCGAGCAGCUUAAAGCGUCCGAGGAUGGACACGCUGAGGAGCUUAAGACGGUUGAGGUCAAAUACAUCGAGGAGCUUAAGGCAGCUGAGGCCAAAUACACCGAGCAGCUUGAAGUGGUCGAGAAGAAAAACACUGAAUUGCUCGAACAGAAGGCUAAGCUGGCCGAAGAGCUGAAACAACAUCAGGCUACCUUGACCAAAGCCAUUGAAACUAAAGAGAAGUACAAGGAGGCUUCUUUUCUUAAUUUCAAGGAAGCCUCUAAGAUUCAAGAUGAUCUGGUCAUCAGCAGAAAGGAGACUGAGAGGUUGGAAGAACGCGUCAAAGAGCUCGAGGAGACUAAUGCCAGUAACCUGGAGAGGUACAAGGGAGCCACCUUUAAAUGCUUCUAUAUGUUCUGGAAGCACAACCGCAAGGCGGACUUCAGCUAUCUAUCAGAGCGUAUGAGGCAUUCUAAGAUAAGCAGGUGCCUGGCUCUCCUUGAAGAGGAGGAGAGAGCGAAAGUUCCAGCCUCCCCCGAAAUCUCCUUGGCUACGGGCAUCGAUGGCGUAGAAGAGGAAAUUGGGGCCUCCGUCGACCAGAAAACUCCUCAAGAUCCUCCUGCUUCAUAA